AUGCAGAGGCUUGUACUCGCCGAAAUCUCCGCCGAUGGAGGAUCCCUGGUGGCGGAGGUUGGGAAUCGGAGUGAAGAGAGCAUUGCUCUCCAUGGGAUUGAUCCUGAUCUUCCCCUCACUAAGAUUGAGGAUGAUGUGCGCGUCUUAACAAUUGAAGAAGAAUUUCUUACAUUGUUCCCUAGGAAAAAAAUCCAAGAAGUGCAUGAAACUGCUGAGGCUGGGGUGUUUGUGGUGUAUGCUAAGAUUGCUGGACUGGUUGAUGGUGAGAAAUGGUGGUAUUCAGCAUGUCGCUGCCACCGUUCUGUGUCUGUUGAAGAUGGCACAUACUAUUGCCCUGGAUGUGACAGCAAUGUGCUUGAAGUUACUCCACGUUUUAGGGUCAAGGUAGAGGUGUCUGAUGGAGAAGAGGAUGCAAGUUUUGUCAUGUUUGACACUGACUGCCAGAAUGUGCUCAUGAAAACAUGCAAGGAGUUAGUUAUUGGUUCAAAGGUAAAAAGUAAUUCUGAGUUGCCUCAAGUCCUGAAGACACUGAUUGGGAAAGAGUUCCUCUUCAAAAUUGAGAAAUCAGCUGAUCAUGGUGCUAAGUAUGAUGAUUCCUACAAGGUUAAGAAAGUAUGUGCUGAUCAGAAUGUGAUUGAUCUGUUCAAGGAUGCUGACAAAGUUAACACUCCCCAAAGGUCAAUCAAGGUGUCCAAGUUCCCCAAUUUGGAAGAUGGAGAAAGUAGCAACACUUCUCCUGGUAUGGGUGGAAUCUAUUCUGGAAACAAAUCUGAGAUUGAUGCUGCUGUGAAGUCACUUGAGGACAUAUCUCCUUUAGGGAGUUUUGCUUCUCCAUCCUUUGUUGAAGCCGAUGAUGGUGGUGCUUCCUGCCCCAAACCUGCCAAGAAACUAAAGAUGAAGUGUGUGAAAAUAGAGAAGGAGUAGUCAUGAAUGGUAGAACUUUGCCUCGACUUGCUGGGGUUUAAAUAAUGCAGUUGGUUGUUUCAAUGAUGUUACAUUCUUACCAAUGUAUCACAUUGUUCGUUUGUUUGUUUCUUUCCUUUUAUGUUAGUG